AUGGCGCAUCCUGCGAAAGGGUCCAGGUAUGAUGUCCUCGCAGCAGCAACCGCCCAGUUUUACAACACUACUGGUACAGUGCCAGCUAGCCUUCAGUUAGCGACAGAUAUUUCUUACUUGGUAACCAACCAGCCAAGCUGCACCAUUGUUGUUGCGGAUAUUCCGGAGGGUUGUACAGAGAGAGAUUUAAUUGGACUCUUUAGCAGAUUUGGCCAAAUCAAAAAUGCAAAGUUGGUCUGCAGUGGUCGAGCAGCUCUUGUUGAAUUUUGUGAGAUCUCACCUCCUACUCGACUUGUCCAUAUGGCGAAGAUUAAUCCUUUUUGCGUCGGUCCAAACCGUGUUAGACUGGAAUUCUCAUCCGAAGUUAUAACUCCUGUUGACCGUAAACAUCCACAUCAAUCACAGUCUUCAACCAUAGACAAUAGUAGUCCUACUCGUAUUCUACACUUGGAUAUCGCAAAUGCUGAGUACCCCAUAACAGUUGAUGUAAUCAAGGCAAUUUGUUCUCCUCAUGGAAACAUACUACGUACUUUUAUUGGGAAAAAGAACCUUGAUCGUUCCUUGGAAGCUUUAGUUGAAUUUGAGAAUGUGGAAGAAGCCCGAGCUGCAAAAGAGCAACUCGAUGGUGCUGACAUAUAUUCUGGCUGUUGUAACCUAACAGUUGGAUAUUCGAGAUUACAGCGUGUUCAUGUAACACAAAAUGAUAGCGAGUCUUGGGACUUUACGGGUCCAAGCGGAAAUGUUGAAGGACCUCUUAAUAAUUCUUCGACUCAGCGUACGUUACUUGGCCCAGCGGCCCCAGUUGGUGGAUUAACUCCAGCUCCAUCAAUAUUACCACCACCUGUGCCUGCUGCUCCACUCCCAGUAUAUCCUGCCCAGCCAUAUCAACAACCCUAG